AUGCUCUUCCAACUCUUACUCUACUCAACUCUCGCAAUUGCUGUAACACCUACUCAUCGACUGAAACAGUCUAUAAUAAACAGAAAAUACGAUAUGGACGUACGACCUGUACUUAAUUUGGAAGAUGUGACUACUGUAACAGUGACCCCCAACAAAUACGUUUUACUAAUGAUGGACCAACAGCAAGAGACUAUGCGUUUUCUUCAAGAGUUCCUUAUAACAUGGGAAGAUCCGCAUCUCACAUGGAAUCGUACCGACUAUGGUUAUAAGAAAGAUUGGAUAAAGAUUCCCGAGUCUAUUGUUUGGACCCCAGAUGUGAUUUUUCAAUCAGCAAUUGAUAGGGAAGGGAUGGUACCCCUAGAAGAGCGCAUGAUUGAUUUGAAGUAUGAUGGAACCUUACGACAAUCUAAUCCUUCAGUGAUUGAAUUGCCAUGCAGUUUGAGAAUCGAAGAUUUCCCGUUUGAUGUUCAGAAAUGCAGCAUGAGCAUUGGCUCUUGGAAUUUCGAUGAUUCACAAAUUCUCAUGAAGACAUCAACAGAUCGAAUACUUCCAGUAGAAGGCCGAUUUGAAGGAAACAGCGAAUGGGAGUUAGUGGGAGUGGAAGCAGUCGAUGAAAAGAUUUUAGACGCGUUCACGCAAGGUUUAUACUCCGUAACGACGUAUAAGGUCACGUUGAAAAGGAAACCUGUGUAUUAUGUACUUGUCAUUCAGGCCCCCACAUUUAUAGUGUCCACACUGACAAUCUUCGGACUUUUCACUCCUUUCAGUCAGCACUCUUUUAGGAAAGAGAAAGUGACACUGGGACUCAACAUGUUCGUAUCGAUUUCCAUGAUGCUAAAUUUGGUAUCAGACAUGAUGCCCAAAGCGUCUCGCCUACCCUUAUUAGGAAAUUAUAUACUGGCAGAAAUUUUUGUUUGUGGCUCAGCAGUCUUGGUAUCCAUUUUCAUCUUGACAUUACAUCAAAAGUGUCACACACGGGCCUUGAAACCACCACAAUGGCUUUUGCGGGUCAUCCUUUUCCGAUGUUCCGUUAAGAUAGAAGCAAAUGACACGUCGAGAAACUUCAUCACUGAGAACACAUCCAAUCAUCGACCAUUCGGAAAGAUUCAAGAUACAUUAAAGAAAACAUCUCAAAUUGUGCAGGAAGAAUUGCAAUAUUGUGAAACUGUUGAUAAACUGCGAAAACUGUGGUUGCAUGUAUUCGACAGACUGGACUUGUUGUGUCUCAUACUUUUCCAGCUUUUCAACAUAAUAGCCUCAGCCCUGUUCAUGAGAUAA